UUUACCGAAGGAAAAGAGAACAGGUACAAGAGAGAUACAUAGAUAUGUAUACAUAAGUGUAUCGAAAGCAGAUGCGAAUUUUACAAACCCAAAGUACAAGCCUACAUUCCACUCGGUGUCCGAUCUCUCCUUGGGGUUCCAGGUGUCCUGUCUCUCCGUGGCGUCCCAGGCCGCUUCGGUGUCCCUGGUGGACCACCGGGCAUCAAUGUCACCCUCCGCUCUCGUUCUCCAGACGAAGCCGUGGCCCGCUGUACUUCACGCGCAGCCUUGCGAGCUGCAUCCCCGACCUGAGCCGGCGGACGAUCCGAGUCGACGCGCGAAAGCGCUCGGAAAAGGCUGCGAGUUUCGGCGGCGGCUACUCGGGGCUCAACGAGAGCUGUACCGGAUGCAGAGCUCCCGUCGACACGACUUCCAACUCCGGCCCGGGCAGCGAGCUCACCGUCGAGCAUCUCGAAUCGCUCGUCGAGUAAUCUCCCGGCAGCACGCGCUGCCGUCCUCGCUCCGCUCAGAUUAGUGUGCAACACGUCCAGCUUCCAGCGCAUUUCGUUAAGCCUCGCGGUCGUAUUAUCAAGGUUCGGACCGGGAGCAGCCCGCGCGAGAUGGAGGCCCGCGCGGAGACGAUCAGACAGUUGGCGUUCGUCGAUCUGGCUAUCUCGGGAUAGACGCCACUCUUCCAACUGUUUGCGAUCUUUCGCUUUCAUGCUUUCAUGUAAGUGGAUGACCUUGCGCCAUUCACUGUCCUCGCUUUCCGCCCUGACUUUCUAUUAGGGCUUCUCUGUGGAUGAAGAUAGUACCAAAACACUGACUGCUGAACUUCGUUCGAAUAGAGCACAGCACGUUCCUUGUUCUUCUCGUUCUGUGCAUUGGUGCCUUUGAUCGAAUCCAUCCCUUCAUCCUCAUCUGCGAGUGACAGUCCUCUCCAUUGGGACGCAAGGGGGAAGAGGUGGUGUUGACGACGCGAAGUCGACCCGUGAAGUGCUCCAUACCAG